ACUACUACUAAGACUACUAUUACUAAGGCUAAGACUACUACUAAGACUACUACUACUAAGACUAAGACUACUACUAAGACUACUGCUAAGACAACUACUAAGACUAAGACUACUACUAAGACUACUAAGACUACUAAGACUACUACUACUAAGACUACUACUACUAAGACUAAGACUACUACUAAGACUAAGACUACUACUAAGACUACUAAGACUACUACUACUAAGACUACUACUACUAAGACUAAGACUACUGCUAAGACAACUACUAAGACUAAGACUACUAAGACUAAGACUACUAAGACUAAGACUACUAAGACUAAGACUACUACUAAGACUAAAACUACUAAGACUAAGACUAAGACUACUACUACUAAGACUACUACUACUAAGACUAAGACUACUAAGACUAGGACUACUGCUAAGACAACUACUAAGACUAAGACUAAGACUAAGACUAAGACUACUACUACUAAGACUAAGACUACUACUAAGACUAAGACUACUAAGACUAAAACUACUAAGACUAAGACUACUACUAAGACUAAGACUACUACUAAGACUAAGACUACUACUAAGACUAAGACUACUACUAAGACUACUACUAAGACUACUAAGACUACUACAAAGACUACUAAGACCACUACUACUAGAAAGCAAAAGCAGAGCAAUCCCCAAUCAGCAAAGCAUCAGCAGUCUCUUGGCUUACUGACAGCACACAUGCUCCUAGUAUAUACUAUAGUAGGAGUCGUUGUAACUUANACUGCGGGUAUUUUUCAUGAUCUUCCCUCCCUGGAGUGCAUUUCUGGACUGGCGAGAAUUUUGAAAAAAAUUGUUUCACGAAUCCUAUCCCUGGAGCGAUUUAUUGUAUGUGCUGCUACUACUACGAGUAGUAGUAUUUAG